CAUAUUACCUCUGACCAUUAGAUAAGGAGAGAAGACACCCAGAUAGUUCACUCCUAGUAGGCCUAUAACAAGGAGGUAGAAGAAUGUCUUCUCACCAUUUUCAACACUUAGCACUUCUCCUUUGUAUUCUAUCUCUGACAGUGAUAGUCUUUCUGUCUGCCCCUCUUCAAGCUGCUGCCCAGAUCAGGCUGGUUGGUGGGAGCACAAGGUGCUCAGGUACAGUGGAGGUCUACUACAACAGCCAGUGGGGCACUGUGUGUGAUGAUAACUGGGACAUGAGUGAUGCACAGGUGGUGUGUAGACAGCUGGGAUGUGGAGGUGCUGUCUCUGCCCCCAAAGAAGCACACUUUGGCAGAGGCAGUGGGGACAUCUGGAUGGACGAUGUCCGCUGCUCUGGUUCUGAAGGAUCCCUUACAGAGUGCUCCCAUAGUAGAUUUGGAUCACAUGACUGUGACCAUGGUGAAGAUGCUGGUGUGGUGUGCUCAGGUAACGGCACAAUAUUUGGUCCAGAGAUGGUCACCAUGAUGAAGCUCGGCACCAGGGUCAUGAGGGGUCAGGACUGGAAGCGGGGAAACCAGGACGGCACCCCUCCUGGUGCGGGCCGCGUGAUUGGUCAGCUUAGUGAGAGUGGGUGGAUCCGGGUGAGGUGGGAUGCUGGUAAUGAAAGUAUCUACCGUAUGGGCAGUAAUGGCAAAUAUGACCUCAAGAUAGUGGAGUUACUGCCCUCCACACAGCCACCUACACAGGCAGGCCACAAAGCCUUGUCUGGCCCAGAGAUGGCCGCCAUGAUGAAGAUCGGCACCAGGAUCAUGAGGGGUCAGGACUGGAAGUGGGAAAACCAGGAUGGAAUCCCUCCUGGUAUUGGCCGUGUGAUUGGUCAACUGAGUGCGAGGUGGAUUCGUGUGAGGUGGGACAACGGCCAUAUAAACUCGUACCGCAUGGGCCACGAGGGAAAAUACGACCUCAAGCUGGCCGAGCCACUGCCCUCUGCACUGCCCUCUACAGAGCCCCCUAUACGGCCCUCUGCACUGCCCUCUACACAGCCAGCCACCGGAGAUGCCGUUAGGCUGGUUGGUGGGAGCACUAAUUGCUCAGGUAGAGUGGAGGUCUACUACAACAGCCAGUGGGGCACUGUGUGUGAUGAUAGGUGGGGCAUGAGUGAUGCACAAGUGGUGUGUAGACAGCUGGGAUGUGGAAGUGCUGUCUCUGCCCCCAAAGGAGCCAGCUUUGGCACUGGCAGUGGGAACAUCUGGAUGGAUGAUGUCAACUGUACUGGUGCUGAAGGAUCCCUUACAGAGUGCUCCCAUAGUGGAUUUGGAACACAUAACUGUAACCAUCGUGAAGAUGCUGGUGUGGUAUGCUCAGGUAACAGCACAAUAUCUGGUGUAGUAAUAGCUGCCAUGAUGAAGAUCGGCACCAGGGUCAUGAGGGGUCAAGACUGGAAGUGGGGAAACCAGGACGGAAUCCCUCCCGGUCUGGGCCGUGUGAUUGAUCCGCUGAGGGAGAGCCUUGUGGUUCUUGUGAGGUGGGACCACGGCCAUAUACACACAUACCGCAUGGGCCACGAGGGAAAAUACGACCUCAAGCUGGCCGAGCCACUGCCCUCUGCACUGCCCUCUACAGAGCCAGCCACCGAUAACAGCACAAUUUCUGGUCCAGAGAUGGCCGCCAUGAUGAAGAUCGGCACCAGGGUCAUGAGGGGUCAGGACUGGAAGUGGGGAAACCAGGAUGGCACCCCGCCCGGUCUGGGCCGUGUUGAUCAACUGGGUGAGAGUGGCUGGAUCCAGGUGAGGUGGGACAACGGCCAUCAAUAUAAGUACCGCAUGGGCCGCGAGGGAAAAUACGACCUCAAGCUGGCCGAGCCACUGCCCUCUGCACUGCCCUCUGCACUGCCCUCUACACAGCCAGCCACCGGACAUGCUGUUAGGCUGGUUGGUGGGAGCACAAGGUGCUCAGGUACAGUGGAGGUCUACCACAACAGCCAGUGGGGCACUGUGUGUGAUGAUAGCUGGGACAUGAGAGAUGCACAGGUGGUGUGUAGACAGCUGGGAUGUGGAGGUGCUGUCUCUGCCCCCAAUUUAGCCCACUUUGGCAGAGGCAGUGGGAACAUCUGGAUGGAUGAGGUCCACUGCUAUGGUUCUGAAGGAUCCCUUACAGAGUGCCCCCAUAGUGGCUUAGGAACACACAACUGUGACCAUGGUGAAGAUGCUGGUGUGGUGUGCUCAGGUUAGUACAUCCCAUAAUCA